GACCCGAAGACGACAUCCUCUCUCCCCCCUCCCUUGGGUGUGAAGAUGGCGCUCUCCAGGGCUUGCUGUGCUCGAGCUGCUCUGUGGGGUUCGGCGGUCACCCUUGGACCUUUUGUCACCCGGAGGCUGCACCCUGGUCGCUCUGGCCUGGCUUGGGGCCCCCCUCGUGUCUUUGAUCUUCCUUGUAGGUCUUCAAAGCUACACCUUUCUCCAAAGGCAGAUGUGAAGAGCUUGAUCUCUUAUGUGGUGACCAAGACAAAAGUGAUUAAUGUGAAAUAUCAUCGUUUCUUGGGUCGUCAUUUCCCCCGCUUCUAUGUCCUGUACACAACCUUCAUGAAAGGAUUGCAGAUGCUAUGGGCUGAUGCCAAAAAGGCUAGAAGAAUCAAGACAAAUAUGUGGAAGAACAAUCUAAAGUUUCAUCAACUUCCAUAUCGAGAGAUGGAGCAUUUGAGACAGUUCCGCCAAGAUGUCAUCAAGUGUCUUUUCCUAGGUAUCAUUUCCAUUCCACCCUUUGCCAACUACCUGGUCUUCUUGCUAAUGUACUUGUUUCCUAGGCAACUACUGGUCCAGCAUUUCUGGACACCAAAACAACAAAUUGAUUUCUUAGAUGUCUAUCACGGUCUCCGGAAGCAGUCCCACCCAGAAAUUGUUAGUUACUUAGAAAAGGCCAUUCCUCUCAUUUCUGAUGCAGGACUCCGGUGGCAUCUGACAGAUCUGUGUGCCAAGAUGCAACGCAGCACCCACCCGGCAGCACCUGACAUCCUGGCACUGCGAGAGUGUUUCUCUGACCAUCCUCUGGGCUUGAACCACCUCCAGGCUGUGCACAUGAAAGCCUUGAGCCGGGCUAUGCUUCUCACCCCGUACCUGCCUCCUCCCUUAUUGAGACAUCGUUUGAAGACUCGUAUCGCUGUAAUUCACCAACUAGACGGGGCUUUGGUGAAGCUGGGGAUUGGCCAGCUGACUGCUCAGGAAGUAAAAUCGGCUUGUUAUCUUCGUGGCCUGGAUUCUACCCAUAUUACUGAAGACAGGUGUCGGACUUGGCUGGGAGAAUGGCUGCAGAUUUCCUGCAGCCUGAAAGAAGCCGAGCUGUCCCUCUUGCUGCACAGCGUGGUCCUGCUUUCCACCAACUACCUCGGGACAGGGCGCUGAGGGAGCCAGAGUGGAUGGCACAUCCUGCAGUCACGUAGCAUCGCCGUGUGGGACCAAACAGCCCUUGUCAGCAGAGUCUUGUGUGUACUGAUGCAUGGGAGGCAGAAUGGCGGUGCCAUGGGCUUCACAGCACAGUGCCCAUGUGGGAACUACAGACGUUCCCCUCAUGGCUGGGACUAAAACAAACCGCUUCUUCCAGGCGUGGACCACGGGAGGUGUCCUGUCUCCCUAAUGAUGAGCCGGAGCUGGCGGCAGCUCUGUCUUGGGCUCUUGCCAUGAUGUGUCUAGUUCUGGGAAGUCGGCUUCCACCCCAGGUGGGAUUCUUGUUGGCUAGGACUCGUCUACCACCAUGUUCUUGUGCUAAGGAAUUUGUGGAUGCCAAGAAAGCACCACUUAGACUGGAGCACUUACACCAGUCUGCAGUGCUUCCCAAUCCUUUCUGUAUGACCAAAACGGGGAUUUUGUUUUUUUUUUUGGUCCUCUCGCCGGGAUGGGCUGACCACUCCCUUUCCUUUUCAAAUCCUUUGAACACUUUUUUAAAAAUGAAUGAUUUAUGGGAACAUUCUAAUGGAAAGAGGAAGGACAUUUGUCUCUCGACCCUUCCCCAGUAUUUACAGCCUUCCCUGUCGUCUUCAUUUCUGGGCUGGACACAGCACCUGAGGAUCUUCAACUCUGCUACCACUGCGUUGCAGUGAUGACUGUAACUGGCAGUGGCUGCCUUCUCUGGGCCAUGGAUCAAGCCCUUAAGGUACUAAUUACUGCCUAGCCUGGGGAGACCAGGAGGGGUCUGCAUUGAGCUAGUAAGUCAGGUUUAGCUUUUGUAUGUGUGUGCCUCAGUGACCUAUAGUUCUGUAAUAACUUAUUGUGGCUGCAUGAAGCACCAUUUGUAAACCCAAGUAAAGACUGCCUGAGUAUGGACAUUA